AUGGACGGCCAGCCUGUCACGGCUGAACCCAAGCAUCAUUACCAAUCUCACGCUUGGUCGGCUACCCCUUCAGCCACUGCGACACCGAGAGCCAAGCCAGCAUCGCCCGCUGAGUCUUCGCCCACCUACUUCGGCACCCAGCUCGAACUCCUCCCGAUCCUUUUUCCUCAGCAGGUCUACCAGGACAAACUCCUACAAUACAACAAACUCCUGUCGGCUGGACGGGGCGGUGGAGGUGGUUUACAAACCCCGCCACUCCCUCCUGUGCUGUCCUCACCGCAAACGAAAGCUUCUACGCGGUCGAGGUCGUCUUCCAAGGUAUCGAACAAGGACAACUCUCACGCAAAGCUGGCCGCUCAGAGCUGUCAUGGGAAUAGAUCGGCCAAGUCCUCAGAUCCCGCCGAACGCGCGCCCAUAAAACAGGGGAGAGAGUCGUCAUCGGCCAAGAUGUCAGCCAAAAAAUCGGCCGAGCCGCCCGCGGCCCGCGAUGUGUCUUCCCGAUUACCCCCACCUACGAGCCAAAAUCCUUCGUUCGCUGCUGCGGCCGCGGCUGCCGCGGCCCAGUCGAGCUCCGUCCCGUCAACACCCCAUCAACAUCCUAGGAAGUUCUCAUUCGAGUCUCGCGAGCAGUCGCCGGGCGCCCCUCAAAAUCAUUCCCCCCGCUCCGCUUACUCGGAAACGAACGGUAGCGUCCCGUCGCUUCGGCCUCUCCCUCCCAGGUUAGGGGGCUGUCGAUUCGAGACCGCCAUUCCACACUCCCGUCGACGAAUGCCCUACAGCUUGGGAACAGACAGGCUUGAGAAGGUCAGCUUGGACAAGGUUAAGGGCCAGUUGCCGGACAAGGAGGAAAAGAAGUUGGAAGCAGAGAUGCAACAGCUCUUUUCCAGUUUAUUACCAACAGACGAGAUUGAGGGCAAUCGGCAGAAGUUGGUCAGUAAACUGGAGAAGCUCUUUAAUGACGAGUGGCCGGGCCACAGCAUCCGGGUACAUUUGUUCGGGUCGUCUGGGAACCUCUUGUGCUCUGAUGAUUCAGAUGUGGAUAUUUGUAUCACCACGCCGUGGCGGGAACUGGAGAGCGUCUGCUUGAUCGCCGACCUGCUUCAGCGACACGGUAUGGAGAAGGUUGUCUGCGUAUCAUCCGCCAAAGUGCCGAUUGUAAAGAUCUGGGACCCCGAGCUGAGCCUCGCCUGCGACAUGAACGUCAACAACACGCUAGCCCUCGAGAACACCCGCAUGGUACGGACGUACGUUAGCAUCGACGACCGCGUGCGGCCCCUGGCUGUUAUCAUCAAGUACUGGACACGGAGAAGGAUCAUCAACGAUGCAGCGUUUGGUGGUACUUUGAGUUCGUACACGUGGAUAUGCAUGAUCAUUGCAUUUCUUCAGCUGCGCAGCCCCCCGGUGUUGCCCGCACUUCAUCGAUUGGAUAACUUGAAACUCGUCAAACCGGAUGGGACUCGCAGUGAAUUCGCGGACGACAUUUCAAAACUUCGAGGAUUCGGUUCGGGGAACAGCGAAAGCCUAGCUGUGCUCCUAUUUCAAUUCUUCCGCUUCUACGCCCACGAGUUUGACUACGACAAGCAUGCAUUAUCAAUACGAAUGGGAAAGGUGUUGACGAAAGUAGAGAAGAAAUGGCACAUUGGGACGAACAACACGCUCUGCAUCGAAGAGCCGUUCAAUACCAUCCGCAACCUCGGGAAUACGGCCGACGACACGUCGUUUCGUGGACUGCAUAUGGAAUUGCGAAGGGCGUUUGAUCUGAUCGCAGAGGGCAAGUUCGGAGAGUGCUGCGAGGAGUACGUGUUUCCGAAGGAAGAGGAGAGGAUAUGGCAGAAACCAGCUCCCAGGCCGGUCCUCUUGAGAAGUUCUUCGCAACAACAACACGGCAGUGGCGGUGGUAAUGGUGGUGGCCGUAACCGAGGGGGUUUCCGUGGCAAUCGCCAGCAACAUCACCGGAACAACAACAACAACCCGAAUCGCAGGUCUUCCUCAAGCGUGGCAUACGACAACAACUCGACGUUCACACAAACCACACUUCCUCCCACGAUUACCACGCAGGAUCUGCUGUGGUAUCAGGCCCAAAAUAACCAGCUCGGAGUGCCUCAGGAGCUACUGACUACAUCCCUCAGUGCGUUUGCCGCACACGAGUCGAUGCGGUUCCAGCUGUACUCGCAGCUCAACCAACAGCAACAGCAGGUGCUCGCUCACGCCCAGCGGAUGCAGAACGGCUCAGGGGCAGAUCGGUCCCGCACGAAUUCCUUCGAUAAUCCGCCGUUGACGGCGCCGAUUCGCCCGGAACUUAUGUACAGCUUUGGGUUUCCACUCCAGCACACGCCGUAUUACCACCCAGCCUUCACGACAUACCCAUCUUCGCCGGCUUCUGCAGCACCCCCACCAUCCAAUGGACAAUCGGAAUUCCGGCGGAGUCUUCAUAGAAAUGCGGCUGCGAAUGAUUCGGGCGCUCCGGGCGGUAAUGGGACUCUUAGGUCGCAGUCCCAACCAGCUUCGAGAACCCCGAUGGCAACCUCGCAAUCGAUGGCUGCAUACUCGACAUCCAGCCAGUCCUACAACGGCAUGGCCACUUCACAGUCACGGCAGGUGAAUGGCUCCCCCGUGCCGGGUUUCCUCCCGGAUGAGGCAGGCGAUCUGGGUCUUGGCGGAUUAGGGCUUGACGAUAACGCAGUGAACGCCUUGUCGGAUUCACCACCGCUGCACGACGAUCCUUCACGUUAUUCUGGGUAUUACGUGAAUGAGUAUGCCAGUCACGGUCGCCGGUCGAGCAGCUACCUCAAUGGCACCCUUCCUGGGAAAAGUGCAACCGCUGGUGAGCCAAUUCCGGUUCCGACUGGCCAGGGAAGUGGUGGGGGUGGGCGUCGUCGGCUGUCUACGGAUCAACUGCCGCAGUCGGUGCUCGAUCGUAGGAUGAAGCGGACGUCUCGUUCGCCAUCACCCAUGGGACACGCUAGGAACAUGUCCAUGGGCGUAAACUCAGCCCCACUACUCUCGGCGCCUUUUGGACAGGCAAAUUCGAAGCUCCCAGCCAAGCCGCUGGUGGUGAACGGAACUGCGCCCAAGACGGCAUCGGCUUUAAGCUCUGCAGGUGCUGCAGUCUCCAUGGAACCUCUCGUUAUGAACGGGACCAACUAUGACAGUACCAAUGCCCUGCACAUCCAAGGUGUCAGCCCCAGCACUUCGUGGCCCGAUGCACAAAGCACACCAUCACCCAGCAGCGCCGAGCCGGCCGGGACACCAGCUUCACAGCGGCCGGUUAUUGUGAACGGCUCAUCCACAAACCGCUCGCCACCGGCCAUGUCAAACAUGUCCAACAUGCCGAACAUGCCGAACAUGAUGGAUCCGUCCUUCCAACAGCGUCUUGCCAUGGGACCCGGUUUCCAAAUGCCCUAUUCCGCAGUAGCUGGUGACCCGACAGGCAUUGCAGGCUUCUCACGCAUUCACACCCGACAGCAACUUGCACCCCUGGACCUGGCCAUGGGAGACUACGGCUCCCAUCAUGAACCACACCUCUCACCUGUGUACGAGCAUCGCACACCGUCACCGACAGUUGGGCGGAAAUUCGAGCCUUCGCCGAUCGUCCAUUCUCCCGGACACCUAGCGGCCAGGGAAUACCCUAAGGCCACGCACGUCUCUCAUAAAGGCUCUGGUAAUGGUAGUAACAAGUCGCCUACCAACGGGCCAUCGUCAAGACAUCAGCAGCAACAGUCCCAGGAGCUCGCGACAACACGGUCCCCUGCCCAAGACCACCGUAUCACGGGACUUGCGCGUGAGAAUGGCCAUGUCCGAGCGGCCAAGAACCAGACCGAGAGCUUCAGCGGGUGGCAAAAGUCGAAGCCGCGCAAGAAGGGUACCGCAGAUUCCAAGCAUGCCGCUAGCAGCGGCGGUGGUAACAACCCUGGCAACGGCAACUUCUCGUCGUACAGUGAGGUCCCGCCCAAGAACGACGCUGAUCGCAAGGGUGGCUGA